GAAUAAGAUCGCGUCUGCCCUGACGUGAUCACAACACGUAGACAAAAACAAACGGGCUCUGUGCACAGGUCGGGCUCUGAGGUGCUGUUAAACGUUACAUAGAUUGUUCAUAUAGUUGUUACAUGAGGUCGUGUUCGUGAAACAGUGAGUCGGUCUCUUCCGGGACGCUUGGAGAAUCACUGGGGGAGACGGAUAGAUGGGAUGAACAUUUUUUGUCAUAAUGGACAGUGACUUGAGCUCCCAGGAUCAAAGGGACUUGGACAAGUUCAUCAAGUUCUUUGCUUUAAAGACGGUACAAGUGAUCAUCCAGGCGCGCCUCGGAGAGAAGAUCUGCACACACUCGUCCUCCUCGCCGACGGGGUCAGACUGGUUCAACUUGGCCAUCAAAGACAUCCUCGAUGUUUCUCACGAAGCGAAAAAGGCUUUGUCUGGUCAACUUCCCGGCAUUGGGCGUUCCAUGUGUGUGGAGAUCUCCCUGAAGACAUCAGAGGGGGAAUCUAUGGAGUUGGAGACAUGGUGCCUUGAGAUGAAUGAGAAGUGCGAUAAGGACAUCAAAGUUUCCUACACGGUGUACAACCGCCUCUCUCUUCUUCUGAAGUCUCUGCUGGCCAUCACCAGAGUCACACCAGCUUAUAAGCUCUCCAGAAAACAAGGCCAUGACUAUGUGAUAUUAUACAGGAUCUACUUCGGGGAGGUGCAGUUGAGUGGGCUGGGAGAAGGUUUCCAGACGAUACGUGUGGGCGUGGUGGGCACCCCGGUGGGAACCAUCACCCUGUCCUGUGCCUACCGCACCAACCUGGCCUUCAUGUCUGAGAGGCAGUUUGAGCAGUCGGCCCCCAUCAUGGGCAUCAUCGUGGACCACUUCCUCGACCAGCCGUACGGGAACCAGCAGCCCACCAUGGGACACCCCUGCAACUACAGAGCCCCCAGUCUGGAGGACGGCCCCACCACUGGGAUCGAUGACUCCCAGGAGAUCUGCACCACCUCCUUCUCCACCUCCCCCCCCUCUCAGAUGACUGCUGGAAAAGACAUCGGCGUCACACUGGUUCACAACCAGUCUACUUACGGCACUGAGAACCCCUCUGCAGGCGAGCAAGCGCCCUGCGCCCCCUGUGGCAGGGGCCCACCCCUGGGCGCGGGGAGGGGGGGCCAGGAGGGCCCCGGGGAUCGGCGGAGGAGCCCGUCUUCUUCGGACCCCCUCAAAUCACUGACCACCUUCACCAGGAAGGUCGGGGCGUUUGUCAACAAACCCAACUCCCAGGUCACAAAGACUUUGGACCUUCCCUUUGCCGCUUUUGCAACCCCAAGCUUGGACAAAGACGAUGGUGACCAAAUGAUCCACCCUCCGGACUCGCCCCUGUGUCCCUCCCCCCUGCAGGGCUCCCUGCACUCCGAGAGCUCUGACGAGUCCACCCCACAGCCGACAGACGACUUCGUCAUGGUGGACAUUAAACCGGCCUUCUCCAAAGACGACCUGCUGCCCAUGGACCUCGGCACCUUCUACAGAGAGUUCCAGAACCCUCCUCAGCUGGCCAGUCUGUCGCUGCACAUCAGCACCCAGUCCAUGGCCGACGACCUGGACUCCCUUCCCGAAAAGCUGGCAGUGUAUGAGAAAAACAUCGACGAAUUCGACGCUUUCGUUGACAUGCUCCAGUAGCAACCGACAUUGGACGACGAAAACACGACUUUACACACGAAAUGCGAACUAACGCUUUUCUUGCGUUAAAUGUACAAAAUCGAAAACCCAUGCACUAAUCUCACCUACUGACACUUUCUCCUUAAACGCUUUGUCCUCUCCGACACCACAUAGCCCCCAAAUGUAAAUACCUAAGACUUUUGUCGGUUGCUAUGCAAAUCCGUGCUUAGCAACCGACAUGCAUGCACCAAUGAUUCACUGGCAAAACCGACGGUAGUUCAUCAGCGAUGUUCGUUAGCAUAUCCUGCAUGCAACAGGUUUGUAGAUAACGCUGCUAAUUAGUUUGUAAAUGUUGUCCUCUCAAUAAAUCAACUUUUGUCAAGACACUCGCAGAUGUUAUAUCGCAAGAGUUAUUGUGUCAUGUACUUUUAUUUUGUGAUGGACUUAAGGCUCCGUUAUGGUUCCACGUCGACACAACACAAGGGGGGUUUAUGGAUCCAUUACUUACGUCCUUGCGGACCUUCCUUGUGUCCACAGCAAGGGCCGGACGUGCGCCUCCCAAAAAUUUUAACCUUGCGUCGAAGCGAAGCAGCAGCAAGGGCUGUGAUUGGUCCACUCACCAAAACCCGACGCAGAACCGAAACAGGUUCAGGACUGUGGAAGUGUGUGUGUGGUCCCAGCGUUGCGUCGCCGGGGAACCAUAACUGAGCCUUUACGUCGACGUGUUAAAUACAAUCAAAUAGAAAUACUAUUUAUCGUAACAUCGGAUUCAUCGAGGCAACCACGCCCUUUCUGUAUCUAUUACUAAUCGAUCCCUACAACUGUAUGAAAUAUAAAGCACAUUUUUACUAGGAUGUAUUUAUUGGAUUACACAAGGGAGUGGGAACAUGUUUCAUCUCAACAUCACAGGAUUGCAUUGUUCCGAUAAACUUAACGUGCAAAAGAAAAAGCUUUUUUUGUCAAUAAACAAUUCCACUUAUGCUGAUAUUGUUUUAAUAAACUGCAGUUUAUGAAAUCA